AUGGAUGCUUUUCUAACAGAAAGGAUUCAAACUUUGGAAUGUCUUCGUGAUAUUCGGGAAACGCCGCAGACAAAAGUACCAUCGGUACAAAAGGUAAAAACACAUCAUGUUAAUUCUGCAUCAAAUUCUCAUUUUUGCGUUUUAUGUAAGAAUCAAAGCCAUUUCCUACGCGAUUGUAAGCGUUUCAAGAAUCUUUCAGUUUCGGAAAGAUUUUCUACAAUUAAGAGACACCAUUGUUGCGUCAAUUGUUUAUCAAGAACACAUGAGGUUAGAAAUUGCACAAGUGUUCAUAGCUGUUCAACUUGUCAGAAGAGACAUCACACUUUGCUGCAUAGAAGUACUUCAUCCUCAGACGAUUCGACUGAAAAUUCAAAUACAGGCGCGAGUUCUGUCGUGGCAUCUCCACCAACAAACUCUAGGCCUGUGGAAUCUUCAGCGUCUACUUCUAGAAAAAAUAACCCAGGUCCCUCAAAUCGACAGGUGUUCCACUUGUCCAAUAAUCGGACUGUACUUUUAGGGACUGCUAUGGUGAAUAUACGUCACCAAGGUAUGACAUACCCGGCUCGAGCCCUCAUUGACCCUGGUUCGGAAACGUCGUUUAUUUCUGAACGCGUGCAGAAUCGUUUAAAGAUUUCGGCGCAUUUGACAAAUGCUCAAAUCUCUGGUGUCAACCAGACGAUUACUGCAACCUCUACUAAACUUUGCUCGAUCGAAAUAGGCUCUCCUUUGGACACGUCGAUUAAUUUAAGGACUACAGCUCUUGUUUUACCAAAUAUAUCGGGUAAUUUACCAUCGUUUGUUAUGUCGGAUAAACUUUGUGGGAAUUUACCGAAUCUACAAUUGGCUGAUUCUCAGUUUUUCAAUUGCAGACCGGUUGAUCUGCUUCUAGGUGCAGAUUUGUAUCCUCAAAUUAUAUUAAGGGAAAUUCGUACAAACUUUUUAGGGUCGUUAUUAGCUCAAAACACGAUAUUCGGUUGGAUUAUUACUGGUCCUGUGCCAUCAUCUUCUGUUCAGGUGUUUAAUACCAGAGUUGAGUUUUCCGAGGAAGACAAUUUAAACAGCAGCUUACUCCGCUUUUGGGAACUAGAGGAGGCGCCGAAAAGGAAAAUAAUGUCCCUUUAUGAUAGGAUUUGUGAAGAGAACUACAAGCGCACAACUCGCAGAGGAACUGAUGGACGAUAUAUAGUGACACUUCCUUUCAAGCCUGAAUUUCCGGAAAAGCUUUCGUUAGGUUCUUCAAAACAAAAUGUUAGGGCGCAAUUUUUGAGAACGGAAGCUUCACUAUUGAGGAAACCACAAAUUAAGGAAAUGUAUGACGAAGUAGUUAAAGAAUAUUUGGUUUUGGGUCACAUGCGGCCAAUAGUGGAGACAUCGUCUUCCAUUUCUUCAUGUUAUUUGCCACAUCAUCCUGUAAUAAAACUUGAUCGUAAAACUACUAAAUUGAGAGUAGUUUUUAAUGCGUCAAAUAGAACUUCUAGUGGACUUAGUCUUAACGAUUGUUUGUUUGUCGGUCCUACCCUUCAGGCAGAUUUAGUCCUACUGAUUUUACGUUGGAGAUUUUUUCGCUAUGUUUUUAAUUGUGAUAUUACUCAAAUGUAUAGACAGAUAAGGCUUGACCAGUCUCAUACUCCUUUUCAGCGUAUUUUGUUUCGCGAUUCUCCUACAGAGGAUUUAAAGCAGUAUGAAUUACAGACUGUGACCUUUGGCGUCAAUUGUGCACCUUAUCUGGCCAUCCGUACUUUAUUACAGUUGGCAGAUGAUUCUGAGAGUCAAUAUCCACUCGCAUCGAAAAUUCUUCGUAAAGGUAUGUACGUUGACGACGUACUCACGGGGACUCAUGAUGUUGAAACCGCUUUGAUCGCUCGUGAUCAACUUGUAGCGGCAUUAUCAUCUGCAGGGUUUAAUCUUCGAAAAUGGACUUCGAACGAUAAGGCAAUUUUAGCCGGUUUUUCCCCAGAGUAUUUGAUAGAUGAGAAACUUUUGGUUUUUGUCGAAUCAAGUAGUUCGAAAACGCUGGGACUCCAAUGGAAUGCUCAUUUGGACGUUUUCUAUUUUAGGGUGAAUCCUAUAGCGCGACGUUCGCACUACACUAAGAGGGAAGUUCUGUCAACAAUCGCGAAAUUAUUUGACCCGGUAGGUUGGUUAGGUCCAGUUUUAGUAGUAGCAAAAAUGCUAAUGCAAAAAGUUUGGCAGGAUCAGAUAGAUUGGGAUGAGGAUAUAAAAAUGUCAACACAAACCGAAUGGGAGAAAUUUGUGGCUUCGUAUCAUGAAGUCAAUUGUAUACAAAUUCCUCGAUGGGUCCAUUAUGAACCAGAAUCCUCAGUAGAGCUUCAUGUUUUUUCUGAUGCCUCGGAAAAGGCAUAUGCGGGGGUAAUAUAUAUUCGGGUGGAAACACCUAGAGGAGAAAUUUUCACACAUUUGCUAACAUGCAAGACGAAAGUGGCCCCUAUUAAAUCGGUUACUUUACCUCGUCUUGAACCUUUUGAAGGCCGUGUUAUGUGA